AGAAGCACGCAGUGCAUUUGCACCUUCUCAAUUGAACGUUAAGCUUUGAACGCUUUGGUUAUGUUUGAUUUUCUUUGUUUAUUUAUUCUCACCUGAUGAAGAAUAUGAAUCACUCACUGUUUGUUUUGCUCUGUCUGCUAUCGUGCUUGAAUGAUGUUUCUUGUGAUGGAGUGAAUAAGACGGGCAACACUCUUGAUGUCCCAGCCCCUAAAAUUACAAGAGAUUAUCCACCAUGCGCAGGAGGUUCAAGCUCUAAAUGCCUCGUGGUGUGCUCGGUGUCGAGUGUGCCACAGGCUCAGCUCUCGUGGUUUAAAGAAAACGUUUCAUUGUCCAACCUCACAAUUUCGAAUUUCAACACCAAACUUUUUCUAGAAGUGGAAAUAAACGAUAAAAGCAACAUUAGUUGUGUUUUGUCCAGUUCUGGAACCAAUCAAACUUCAUAUCUCAACAUUACUCAUCUCUGUGGGCCAUGUUCAGCUAAAGGAUCAAAGAUAUCCGUUACUGAGGGAGAUUCUGUCACUUUAAACGCAAACCUUACUAAACAAGUGGACAUAGAUUGGAUGUAUAAAGAAAACACUCUCAUUUCUAAACACACGAGUCAAAACGCAACUACAUACUAUGGCUGUGAGGAUGGCAGAUUCAUUAACAAACUUCAGCUGGAUAUUAAAACUGGAUCUCUCACCAUCACUAACAUCAGUAAAAUCCACUCUGGACUCUAUAAACUGAGCAUCGAUGGACAACAUCAAGGAUGUCGGAGUUAUGAUAUUACUGUCGAUCCUCUUCCCGCUCCUGUCAUCACAAAUGACUCGAAACAAUGUCCUUCAUCAUCAAAAUGUAGUGUAAAGUGUUCAGUGAAUGUGAGAGAUGUGAGUCUGUCCUGGUACAAAGGAAACAGUUCAUUGUCCAGCAUCAGUGUGUCUGAUCUCAAACACAACUUUAUUUGUCUGGAGGUGGGAUAUCAGGAUAAAAACGCAUACAGCUGUGUGGUGAAUAAUUCAGUUACCAGGACUACACCACUCAACAUCCCUGAACUAUGUAAAGGUGAAAGCCGUUCAAGUAUUGGUAUUAUAUUUGGGGUAUUGAUAGUUGUUAUACUAUUGGUUUUGGUUGUGAUGUGGUGCCGGAGAAGACAAAGAUAUCACGGACAACUAUAAAGGUCAAACCACGGCAUGCAAAACCUUUGCAGAAGGUCCACAUCAUACUGAAGAGACAGAACAACAAGGACUUUUUAUUUAGGUCAAAGUGGAUUUCAGACAGACAUUGUGUUAUCCUUGGAAGCAGAUAUUGAAAGACACAUAGUAAAGAUGUACGACAGCUAGAAUGUUUGUAGAAAUACUAUAAAACAACAAUAAAUGUGUUUUCAUAUUCA